AUGGUUUUUUUGAACUCCGAUCCGGGCAUUUUUAUUGAUCAUGAAAAAUAUUCAAGAAUUGGAAGAUAUAGUACUCAAAGAGAUUUAUCAAGAAGAAUUACACAAAAUAUUGAAAAUUGUAAUACACAUUUAAAUCCUGAAAAAUCAUUUCCAGAGUUUUCUCAAUAUCUCACCACCAUAGAGAGUCUUAUUGAACACCCUGAUGAUAUGAUGUUUCCUUUUCAAAGUCCAAAACCAUUGACAAAAAAAGAAGUUAAAAUAUUAAUCAUAUCAUUGGAAACAGUACUCAUCAAAAACUAUAGACAUUAG